AUGCAGUCGCCGGCAUCAUCGGCAUCAUCGGCAUCAUCGGCUGUUGAUCUUGCCUCGAAAGUGCAAGGGGAGGCUGCAGAUGAAGAGACAAAUUCCGAAGAUGUUUAUUUGGUAGAGCGAAUUUUGGAUGAAAUUUCUGAUGAUGACGGGGUUAUUUAUUUCCUUGUCAAGUGGCAGGGAUAUCCAACGGAAGACGCUACAUGGGAGCCGCAAGAGAACAUCAUCGACGAGGGCCUGAUUGCAGAAUGGAGAUCCAGAAAGGCGCCUCCAAGUUCUGCAGCGUCUAAGAGAUUCUGCCUCGACAACGACCUCAACACUGUUAAAAAGAAAAAAAACAAGCAUAUUACGAGGGAGCAAAGAAAGUUUGAUGCUCGAUCAGAAAAAAAAGCCGCCAUCAAGCUGAAAGAAGAGAUUCCGGGUAUGAAACAAAAAACUCCACAACCUGUCAGCUCACCGGAUUCGAAUAACACCAUAAAUGAACAGCACGAAAUAUCGAAAGCCCAAAUGUCUACGCAUUCUCAAGAAUCCUCGCAAAGGGAUAGCGAAAAGGUUCCACGGCACCUUUCACUCGCCAUCUCCGUAAACAUGGACCCAGUAAAGUGGAUUUCCGAGGUCAGGCAAGCUUCCAAUGCAUCCAUUGGCAUGAUCUCUUUUCUCGACGCAAAAAGUAGACACGAAUCCAAGUUCAAGGAAUGGGUCGCCUGCCAAUCCGCCAAGAUACUCAUUUUUUGUCCAACAUCGCUGAUGGAAGAGUGGCGCGUCGUGUCGCGAUCGUCGUCGGCAUCCUGUCGCCUUCGUAUAGAACCUCCUUCAGCGGCAUUUUCUCUCUCUUCGAUGCAGAAAAAAUGGGAAUUUAUUGUCCUGGUAGAUCCGGCGUUGAAACUUAUUAACCGGCCCAGUUUUGAUGAAAUUCUUUCUAUCAAGCACGGCUUUCUUUUGGUUGUCACAAAAAUUCCAAUUGCAGAGCAGGAGCUGCUGAUAGACGAUCCUGCGAUCGCCAAACUUACUUCUACUUUUUGUCAGCUUCCAUUGUUAAGGUUUUUGCCGCAAAAAAUCAAGACUUCCAAGAAAGCCCCUAAAUUGGAACAUACAUCUUCUGCAUCUUCACAAUCAUCCUCUGGAGGUGACAUGCACAUGCCCGAAACAUUAAAAGUCUCUUCUUUCAAAACGCCAUUGCAUACGCAAAGUCAAACUUCAGACACACACAACACAAGGUCUAAACCCCAAGAGUCGGGCAUCAAGCAACAGCCGCCAAAAAAGCUUCCUCCCCUGCUCACUGCAGAGCUAGCAGAGCUAUUUUCUCAGUGUGACGACAGCCAAGAUUCACCUUCCAGAAUUGCACUGCCAAAUAGCGGAUUGGAAAUUCCAAAAGCAUCUUUCCCUUUUCACGAAAUAUCUGUCGACAAGGACUGUGAUUCCGAGCCUCCCCCUCUUCCAAAAACCUCCAAUCAACAACAGACCGCACAAAAUGGUACUAAAAUUACCACUUUACAGCAGGAAACCUCUCCGCUUUCUCUUCCUAAAGAAUUAUUGGUCCCAAGCUUCCGGGAUCAACCAGCUACCGUGCUGCCAACACAAUCCUCAAUACUGCCACCGACACAAAUACAAAUUCCAACAGAGGAUCAAAUCAACCAAAGCAUUCCACGAGCAUUUUCUGAAAUUCCAAAAACACAUUGCUCAACCGUGACGCCCAUUAACCCAACAGGCUCAACCGUGACGCCCAUUAACCCAACAGGCUCAACAGUAUCUACGGAUGCAAUAUCGCCUGGCGAACAAGCAGUAAUGAAAGCUACAUCUGUUUCGAUGAGCUCAAAUGCUUUAGCAUUACUCUGUGCACGCCCGGAAAAUCCGACUGCAGCAUGCAACUCUUUGCAGAUUUUGACCUUUUCUCCAGUAGCACUGGCCGAUUACAUCAAUCGUGCAAAGCAAAUCUCAGAAGAUGCCAAGAAGGCUCUGUUGAUGAUCAUCAAUCCACAAGAAGGUGCAUGGACCCUUUCCUUGCAGCCGAUCGCAAUUGCUGAGCUUCCGUCAAUUCUUUUUCAAUUCAUCUCGCAAGCACAACGGAGACAAGCCCAGGGUUGGCUUUUUCUUGCCCUACACACUAAAACCGAAACAUUUCGCGCUGUUUUCAUACCCAAAGAGCUUCUCAACGAUUUGCGCCUGACGGCCAUUGGUACCCAAUCGACCGCGAUUCCACAGAUUCUCUCUUCAUCUGCUCAUCAAAUUUUGACCGCACCAUCAUCAAAACUUCCCGUUUCUGCCGAAAAAAAUACACAUGUUCCUGCCCAGGACACUGGUGUACCUUCAAAGCGAUCUGGGACUUGGCCUUCAUCCCCACGUUCCAUACCAGCCCCCAUGACCCCGUUAUGCGUGGACGAUACUGUACCAUCUCAAGUCGGCACCCCUUUAAAAGCUUGCUCGAUGCAGUCAUUGAAGACAAAGCCGGCGCCUCUCGCUCCUACGUCCUCAUCUCUUCCACAAAGUGAAUCCGUCCACGUGGUGAGAAAUCAAGGGCAUGCAAAACCCCUUAACAUUCCUAUUGAAACACCUGUGGCUCCAAAGUACCCGCAUCAUAUUGAAGAGCUACUCCCACAGGCGCGUAUUGUUGCCUCUGUAUCUACACUGGCGUGUACGUCUGUCGAGCCCCUCAUGCCGGUGGCAAGUGAAAAUCACCAUGCACCAGCUGUAAUUAGUACUAUAUUGCCGCCCCCAGUAGUGGCGCAUCCUGCCUCAACUGCUGUUGAGGCGGAAAUAUUGCCCUCGCCGACGCCGAUAACGUCAAAAACAAAAAUUUCAGAACGUAAGUUGCCGCACAAAUGCCACUGGAUUGGAUGCUACUUUUCCACAGCCCAUUGGAAUCUUCUCAAGGAGCACAUGGGGCUUCAUCUACCCGUAUCGCCGCCAUGCCAACUUGAUGGAGAAGGCGUUAAUAGAUAUGUGUCUGAGCCUCCAGAGUCGCUUCUGGCGCUUCAGGCAAGAUGCCUGGCUACUUAUCAACAAUGGUCUCUGCAGCUGCUGACCGAAAAUGACCGGCUUAAGUGCUCAAUUGAUAUUUUAAAGACUCAAGUUGCUUCUCUUCUUGCCCGAUCGCAAAGCAAACGUUAG